AUGGCUACCGAGUUUGAAUUCACUGACGAAAUGGCCAAAGUUUCAAACCAACUAUGGAUGGUCACAUCCGUUGUUGGAGCAUGCUCCUGCUUCGUGGUGCUCCUCGUCAUUGGACUUGUCUCCCUCAAUCGCAAUACCCGUCGCCAUCUAGAUCGAGUCAGCUUUCGAAUUGUGGUGUACGCGCUCGCUACCAACUUGGCUUUUGGCAUCGUAAAUGCUGUCGGUGGCUCCUUCACUGGGCCGACCUGGACUUGCGGAUUUACCAUCUGGAUUCUUCAAUUCACCCUGGAGCUUGCGUGUUUUUUGACGUUCAGCAUUGCGCUCAACUUACAGUACAGUCGUCACUGUCUUUUUGACGGAUCGUUCAUAAUAACAGAAGCUGGCAGGCUUGUCGUCGUUCACCGAGUGAAUGGGCAACGCAUGGAAAAAUUCUACGCCCUUGGCUCAUUGGCCAUUAGUCUCUGCCUCACCAUCCCAGCGUACGCUACUGGGCAAUACGGUUGGGAUCCGCUUGUCCGAGAUUGCUGGUAUUCGAACGCAAAUCAGAAAGAACGCUUGGCCUGGCAAGUUGGGACACAGCUCGUUUGGACCGUGUUGACUUGCCUUGGGGAGGUGGUCUGCUCCGUUAGCGUCUUCGCCUACAUGGUUAAACAUCGAAAACGAACGAAGGGCGUGAUUACGACUGUGAGCACCGGAAGUCAGAGAUUGCGUUCUCAACCCCACAACGCUAUCAUCGCCAACAAAUACAAGAACGUCCUUGCAAGAAUAGCGAUGUAUCCUUUGGUAUCCUGCGCAAUUAACCUCACCAGCGUAAUGUGUGUCAUCCACGCCACAGUCACCAACGGUGUACAUUCUACAACAGACUACAGGAUCUUGCUACUCAGUGACUUCUUAUACGGAGGACGUUCGCUUGCAUAUGCAAUUCUUGCAGCCACAGACCCGGCACUCGUUAGUGCGAUCAAAGCGUUAUUCCAUCCUGAGAGCCAUUUCAUCAAAUCCCAUGCUACAAGCACAACUUCACAACUCCAUGAUCCCAUGCGCGUGCAAAUUGAAUUAAGCACCCUAAAGCACACGCACAACGGACGAAUGAUACCUCAAGACGCGGAUACGAUGGGGCAUGGGGACGGGAAAAUGGAAGCGGAUUUUGGUGAUCGUGCGUUCGAAGAUGGUAGCGAAGUAAAGGCCGCAUCACCGAGCUUUCGACAUCUUGAGCCCGUUGGCGAAGACGUCCUACGACAAACCUUCGAAAAUCGUAAUCGGGAAGAUGUGGAGAGUUCGUAUUUACAGGAUAUGUUCAGGAAACAGAUCUAA